GGGGUGUGAAGGCUAGCUAGUGCGACCAGCACUGGCCAGAGCAAACUGGCAGUUGCCAAUCAGGUAGGCCAUCACGAAAAUGGAUCGCACGCUGAUCCUUCGGUGAAAUCGCCUAUCCAGGCAACCCAGCGUCUCCAUCAGCUAUAGGAUGCAUCUGCAGGAUCCAGCUUCACUCCGUGCCGUAGUCCGGACGCCACGGCAGAAGAAAAUAGAUAGCUACCUACUAGUCGGUUCCAAGUUAUAUGCAGGUCCUGCAGAAUUUAAUCGCGCGCGAGCGGGAAUGCAUAAGGUGGUUCCGUGGGCUAAAGCAAUAUGGAGUACUUUCAUGCUCACAGGUGUGAUACUCAUGGUGCUGUUUCUUGAUUCUUCACUGGCUGUGUGCUCAUGCAGAAACGAGGCAUCGAGGACCUGAGUGGAGAGACACACGAGGCGAUGGCUGGAUAUAUCUAUCGCUAAUGCGCGCCUCGCUCUGAGGGGUAUAAUUGGCGAUGAGGAUCCACCUGGUCCAC